CAACCUCGAUAUCCAAUUAUCCAUAUCCAAAUGAAACAGUUCACGCUCUGAAACAGUUCAACCUCCAUAUCCAAAUGACUACACCAACCCCAAAACCCUCUCUCAUCCUCCUCAUCUUCUUCGUCUUCUUCAUCCAUGCAAACUCUCAGUCCCUUCAAGACAAGGAAUUAUCAGUCCUGCUUAAAUUAAAGUCAUAUUGGCUACCUCCACGAGCUUUCAGUCAUUGGACUUCAUCAUCAAACUCUAGUUCCCACUGUAACUGGCCUGAGAUCAACUGCACCGGAAACUCCGUCACCGGAUUGAAUCUCAACAGCGUAAACCUCACCCUUGAAGUUCCACCCUUCAUUUGUGACCUCAACAACCUCACACACCUUGACCUUGGUAAUAACUCCCUCCCGAGAGGUUUUCCUUUGUCUCUCUAUAACUGCUCCAAGCUAGAGUAUCUAGACCUCUCGCAAAACUACUUUGUGGGUACAAUUCCUAAUGACAUCGACAGAUUGCCUAAGCUUAAGAUCCUCAACCUUGCUGGCAACAACUUCUCCGGUGACAUUCCGGCGUCUAUUGGGAACUUACAGGAGCUGGCUACUUUGGAUAUAUACAUGAACCAGCUCAACGGCUCUGUCCCUGCUGAAAUAGGUGACCUCUCCAAUCUUGAGCAACUCUGGCUCUCUUGGCUUCCCAAAAUGGCGCCAUGGAAGCUACCUUUUAACUUCACCAAGUUGAAAAAGAUGAAGAUAUUGAAGAUACGCGAAGCAAAUUUGAUUGGGGAAAUACCAGAAUCUAUUGGAGAAUUGGAAGCACUUGAAGUAUUGGAUUUGGCGUGGAACAAGUUGAGCGGGAAUAUACCAAGCGGUGUGUUUCUGUUGAAGACUUUGAGCAUUAUAUAUCUGUUCAAGAACAGGCUUUCAGGGGAGAUUCCUCGAGUGGUUGAAGCACUCAACUUGAGCAUCAUUGACAUCUCCGAAAACAAUCUCACAGGGCCGAUACCAGAAGGUUUCGGAAGCCUUACCAAGUUAACAGAUAUGAGUUUGUUCGAAAAUCAUAUUUCAGGUGAGAUUCCAGAGAGCAUUGGCCGCCUGCCAAAUCUUGUGAUUUUCAAAAUGUUCAACAUGAACCUGUCAGGAACAAUUCCUCCAGAGCUUGGAAAGCAUUCGCUGCUCGAAGAUUUCCAGGUUUCAGUGAAUAGGCUUACCGGAAAGCUGCCAGACGGCUUGUGUAAAAAUGGUAAGCUUGUGGCAGUUGUUGCUUAUGAGAAUAGUCUCACUGGGGAGCUACCAAGCUCUCUUGGAAAUUGUGAUAGUCUGCUGAUAGUCAAUGUCUAUGAUAACAUGCUAUCUGGGGACAUUCCUAGUGGUAUGUGGAAUGCAUUGAAUUUGAGUUAUGUGAUGAUGAGCAACAAUUCGUUCACGGGUGAGCUUCCUGAGAAGAUGUCAUAUAAUCUUCAAAGGCUGGAAAUCGGAGAUAACAAGUUUUCAGGUCAGAUUCCAAGAAGGGUGUCUUCCUGUAAGAAUCUGCAAGUUUUUGAUGCUGGUAACAACCUCUUCAAUGGUAGUAUUCCUCAGGAAUUAACUACUCUUCGGAGCUUGACGACUCUGACCCUGCAUCAGAAUCAGCUUAGCGGGCCACUUCCAUCAGAUUAUGCAAUGUCACUAAACUCUCUUGAUCUGCGUAGAAAUCAACUCUCCGGACCAAUUCCAGAGAUACUUGGUGGUUUGCCCGCCCUUACUGUGUUGGACCUUUCUGAAAACCAGUUUUCAGGUCAAAUUCCAAAUCAACUUGGCCAUCUGAAACUCAACGAUGAGUUCAACCUCUCUUCAAAUCUCCUCACUGGCGAGAUCCCAAAUUCAUUUGAAAACUCUGCAUAUGAUACAAGCUUCUUGAACAAUACCGAUCUUUGUGCAAGAACCAGUGUUGUGAAUCUCAAUAUAUGCUCUCAAUCGCCAAAUUCCAGCAAGAUUUCAACUCGGUCCCUUGCUUUGAUCUUAAGUCUAAGCGCGGUGUUGUUCGUGUUGGUUUUGUCCUUAUUAAUCUUCUUUGUUAGAGGUUGCUGGAGGAAGGCUGGAUCAGACGCAGACUGGAAGCUCGUUGCAUUUCAGAGGUUGAAUUUCACCAUCUCACAAAUCUUGUCAGGGUUGACAGAAAGCAAUGUGAUUGGAAGUGGUGGAUCAGGGAGGGUCUAUCGUGUACCUGUGAAUCGUACAGGUGAUUUUGUAGCUGCGAAGAGGAUUUGGACCAACAAGAAGAUCAUGGUGGAGAGGCUUGAAAAAGAGUUUCUUGCAGAAGUCGAGAUACUGAGCUCAAUUCGACAUGCUAACAUAGUGAAGCUAAUGUGCUGCAUAUCCAGUGAGACUUCGAAACUUCUUGUAUAUGAGUACUUAGACAAUCGAAGCCUAGAUCGAUGGUUGCACAAGAAAAACAGGCCAUACCUAUCCAACCUCUCAAGUUCAGUCCAUCAUGUUGUUCUGGACUGGCCUAAGAGGUUGCAGAUUGCAGUGGGAGCUGCUAAGGGCCUCUGCUAUAUGCAUCAUGACUGCGUUCCACCCGUUGUGCAUCGAGACGUGAAAUCAAGUAACAUUUUAUUGGACUCUGAUUUCAACGCAAAAAUAGCAGAUUUUGGUCUGGCCAAGAUGUUGGUCAAGCAAGGAGACCUUGCCACAAUGUCAGCUGUUGCUGGUUCCUUUGGCUACAUGGCUCCAGAAUAUGCACAUACCAGAAGAGUGAAUGAAAAGAUCGAUGUAUAUAGUUUCGGGGUCAUCCUGCUGGAGUUGGCAACUGGUAGGGAACCUAAUGAAGGUGAUGAAAACACUUCUCUCGCCGAAUGGGCGUGGCGUCGUGCUCAAGAAGGCAAACCUAUCGCCAGUGCUCUGGACCAGGACGUCAAAGAACCCUGUUACUUGGAUGAAAUGUGCGCUGUUUUCAGACUCGGCAUCAUGUGCACCGAGACACUUCCUACUAAUAGGCCUUCUAUGAAGGACGUUCUGCAGAUCUUGGUUCGAACUUGUCCUCCACCAGUUCGCAGGGAAAAGACUGAAUAUGCCGCUGCUCCUCUCCUCAAGAACUCGAGGCGGGAGAGAGUUUUGGAAGAUCAAGAUGGUUUGGCAACGAAUGUGUGAUAAUUCCCGGAAGUGGACACCAAUAAAAGGGGAAAUAAGACGUGUAUGUAGGCUAAUAUGAGAUGCUAGAUAGCGUAUGUAGGCUAAUAUGAGAUGCCUGUAGGCAGUUUAUGAUUUGCAUAUAUAUAUAUAUAUAUAUAUAUAUAUAUAUAUUGAGACCCCUUAAUAGAGGAGCACCGUACGGCGACCAUUUCAGACUGCA